AUGCAGCUUCCUUCUAUUCUUUCGAUAGCGGUGCUGCUAGGCAGCGUCGCCGCCAACCCGCUCGCUCAGUACUAUGGGAAGCCGCCUGGAUAUGGGAAACCAGCGCCUUCCUGCCCGGCUGACAAAUGCUUCAACAGUAUCAAACAGAAGCCUGCGGAGGCCAAGGUCGCCUCUGCUUUCUGCAGCCAGUACAUUAUCCGCAAGCCUUGCAUCAAGACCACUAUGGUGAAGACGACUAAGACCAUCACGACUACGAGCAAGACCACUGUCAUCCCAGACAAAGCCACCAGCAGGGCCACAUUCGCCAUCACUCCUACUCCAGCGACUGUCUCGCCAACAUGCACCACGACCACCACUGCUGUGGAGGGAACGUUCACUACGGAGCGACUCUUCACCUAUCAGGGCACUCCUCCUGCAGGUGGCAAUCAGAAGAGAGCAGCGCCGACUAUUCCCUCCAUGUCAGGUGCUGGUUGUGGUACAGGGAAGCCUCUCACAUUAAAGAUCAGCAGCGCUUGCUCUUGCUUGCUUGGUACUGCGAAGACCUCCGUGUCAACAUCGACGUCGACGAUCCUCACGACAGUCACUGUCACUUCUAGCACCACAGAGGCAGCUAUGACCACAACCGUUUCCGUUAGCGUCCCGCUCGAUCAAGUCACGUCCUGCCAAACAGCCACAACCACAACCACCACAUUCGCAAACGGCGCUGGCAGAACCUGCGGCGCCGCUCCUCCAGUCGCAGCCUACACGACUGGCCGUCAAAUCUCCUGCACCGCACCUGCCCCUGCCGGCCAAACCAACUACCGUUUCCGCAUCGAAGGCAACACCGCCGAAGGCACGACCUUCGACGGCUGCAUCAUCACCGGACCAGAAAAUAUCACAACUCCAUCAGGUGGUACCCAUCUCUGCGACGGCACAAACAAUAACAAUAACCCCACCCCUGGUGGCACCCUCACGACCGCCAUCAAUGACACUGGCCAGCAGGAGGGCUUUGGCUUUGACGGCUCUUAUAGUAAUCAGUUUCGAGACUUCUUCAUCACUCGCAUUCGUGAUUCGGCUCAGACUGGCUCCCAGUACUGGGGUGUGCUUCGCGACCGGGUCUUCACAAAUGCCGGUGGUUGUCAAAAGCAGACUGUCCCCGGCACUGAGGGCCUGUGGGCUUUUGAUGCGUUCAAUGCUAAUGCUUUCUUGAACCUUGACUCGCAAUAUGCUGUCGUACAACCGGGAGCUGCGGUCCUGGUGACAGUGACGCAGACGGAUGGGAAUGGUUCAGGAAACCGUCCCGCUGCGGGCGCGACUCUGGCUGGGGCAACUUCUGACUCUAAUGGGAUUGUGCUUUUCACGGCGCCGAUACAGGAUGGGUGCUAUCAGUAUAAGGCUGAGAGGAGUGGCGCGAUCAGGUCGCAGAUCUUCUAUCUGAGUGUUGUGAGCGGCCUUUGA